AUGUCUGAAGGGAAAGACUCGCCUAGUAAGCUUGAGCAGCGAGCUAAAGAAUUCAUGCAGACAUUCAACCAAGAAGACAUCAAACGUCGUAAAGAAGAACAAACUGUAGAGCUGAGGAAAUCCAAAAGAGCUGACCAAGCCACAAAACGCAGAAAUUUCCAAUCGAAUGAUCAAGAGUGGGUCAAAGUAAAUGAAAAGUAUAAAAAAUAUUAUGUAUACCAAUUAUAUUAAAUAGCCUUUUUAUAUAAGUAGAAUUCCGAUUACACUAUGAAUUAAUAUACUUGCAGACCUCCCAGAGCUGCUCCAAGCAAUCCGAGCCACAGAUCCUGAGCGUCACCUAUUUGCAGCUCAAGGAUUACGAAAACUUCUGAGCAUAGAACAUCAGCCACCAAUCCAAGAAGUCAUCGAUGCAGGCGUCGUCCCAAUUCUUAUAGAAUGAAUUCAAAGGUUUGAGUUUCCUCAGCUUCAGUUUGAAUCGACCUGGGCACUGACAAACAUUGCAUCUGGAACACACCAACACUGCCAAGUCAUUGUAGAAAAAGGAGCCAUUCCUUUGCUUGUCAAACUUCUAGAAUCACCCAACGAAGAAGUCAGAGAGCAAGCUGUCUGGGCCAUUGGCAACAUCGGAGGUGACGCAGCCCAUUGCAGAGAUAUCAUUCUACAGCACAACGGGCUGCAAUUGUUGAUUAACUGCGUAGAAAACACAGCCAAGCCUUCAAUGAUCAAAAAUGGAAGCUGGGCUAUCAGCAACUUGUGCAGAGGCAAACCACCCCCAGCUUUUGAAAUGAUUAAAGACGCCAUUCCGAUUUUGGCAAAAGUAGUCAUGGAGCAUCAUGAUACGGAGCUUUUGACUGAUUGCUUGUGGGCAUUGUCACAUUUAUCAGAAGGAGGGGAAGAAAAGGUAGAAAUGGUAAUUGAUAGUGGAUGCAUACCAAGAGUGAUUCAGUUUUUGGGACAUCAUAUAUAUAACGUGCAGUUACCAGCAAUUAGGACGAUCGGGAAUGUAGUCACAGGAAAUGACAAGCAGACACAAAUUGUGCUUGGAAUGGGAGGAGCUGUAGCAUUAUCAAACUUAUUGAGCUCUCCUAAGAAAAAUAUCAGAAAAGAAGCUGUUUGGAGUAUCUCUAAUAUUUGUGCAGGGAGCAAGGAACAGCUAGAUGCUUUGGUUGCAGCUGAGGUGUUUGGAAAAAUUAUUAAUAUCGUGCAAAAAGAUGAAAAGGAAAUCAGAAAAGAAGCUGUUUGGGCACUUAGCAAUGCGGCAGCUGGAGGAAGAGCUGAUCACGUCGCACAUUUAGUACAGCAAGGAAUCAUCCCAGCGCUUUGCAAUUUGUUUACACUUCAAGAUGUGAAAAUUGUAAGUGUAGCGAUGGAAGGAAUUAACCGAAUUUUAAAGCAUGGACAAGAAAACUUCAAGACUGAACAAGGCACAAACCCGUUCGCAGACAUUGUGGAAGAGUGUGGAGGGUUAGACAAAUUAGAACAACUGCAAGGCCAUCCUAACACAAAUAUUUAUGAGAAGGCGAGAACGAUAAUUGAGAACUAUUUUGAAGUGGAGGAGGAUGAAAAUUCACAGCUUAUUCAGUUGAUAAAAGACAGUGUCCAGUUUACAUUUUAA